UCAACAGGAUGGUGACGUCAUGUAAUUUGUCACCCUGCUCCGCCGUCGUUCCGUCGAGGUGUAGCUGUAUCUGGUAACCGCUGUUUUUAGGGUGAAGAUGGCCGCAGGUCCUCUCUCUGUAUCUUCAAAUGCAUCCACAAACAACGAUGGCAUCCUCAUUGGUGACAAAGUUUACUCGGAAGUGUACCUUACCAUCGACAACUCGCUCAUACCGGAGGAAAGGCUCUCUCCUACGCCGUCGAUGCUCGACGGCCUCGACCUGAACGCGGAGACCGACCUUCGCAUCCUUGGAUGUGAAUUGAUUCAGUCGGCGGGCAUUCUUCUCCGGUUACCCCAGGUGGCAAUGGCAACGGGGCAGGUGCUCUUUCAUCGUUUUUUCUACUCCAAGUCCUUCGUCAAGCACAGUUUUGAGAUUGUUGCUAUGGCUUGUAUCAACUUAGCCUCCAAGAUUGAAGAAGCGCCACGACGAAUACGAGAUGUCAUCAAUGUUUUCCACCAUCUGAGACAGAUCAGAGGCAAAAAGACUCCCAGCUCAUUGAUACUUGAUCAGAACUACAUAAAUACCAAAAACCAAGUCAUCAAAGCGGAACGUCGGGUCCUGAAGGAGCUGGGCUUCUGUGUGCAUGUCAAGCAUCCACACAAGAUUAUCGUCAUGUACCUUCAAGUCCUGGAAUGUGAGAAGAACCAGACACUGGUCCAGACAGCCUGGAACUACAUGAAUGAUAGCCUGAGGACAAAUGUGUUUGUGAGGUUCCAAGCUGAGACUAUCGCCUGUGCGUGCAUAUUCCUUGCUGCCCGAGCUCUGCAGAUACCUCUGCCAUCCAGACCUCAUUGGUUCCUGCUGUUUGGAGCCACUGAAGAUGAGAUUAAGGAGAUCUGCAUCACCACCCUUAGACUUUACACCAGGAAGAAGCCUAACUAUGACCAGCUGGAGAAGGAGGUGGAGCGGAGGAAGGUGUUCUUGGCAGAGGCAAAGUUGAAGGCCAAAGGCCUGAACCCUGAUGGUACCCCUGCACUGUCCACACUGGGUGGCUUCUCUCCUGCUUCCAAGCCCUCCUCCCCAAAUGUGGUCAAGGUGGAAGAGAAGUCCCCGAACCCCCAGACCCUCAAACCAGUUAAGAAGGAGCCAGACAACCGGACUCAGGUCAACAAGAGUCCACACAAUGGGUUAAGGAAAGAGGUGAAGAUCGGGAGGAACAGCAGGAGCGGAAGUCGAUCUCGUUCAAGAACACGUUCCCGGUCUAGAUCCCGCUCCCCUCGCAGACAUUACAACAGCAGACGCAGUUGCUCAGGGACCUACAGUUCUCGCUCACGUUCUCGCUCUCACAGUCGCAGUCCAUCGCCUCGGCGACAUCCGCCCUCACCCCUCCUCCCCCACCUCAAGUCCAAGACCAGCCACCAUAGCAACAGCGAGUCCAAGUCCAGCGGACGCCACAGCAACAGUGGAGGAGGAGGAGGAUCUGGUCACAAGAGGAAGCGCUCGCGUUCUCGGUCACGGUCCCGCACUCCGGUCAAAGUAGACCGGGACAGAGAGAGGGAACGGGAGAGAGACAGAGACCGCAGCUCCUUUGACGUCUCUUCAAAGAAACACAAACAUGAGCGAGGAGCUGGUCAUCGCGGAGACAGGAGGGAGAGGGAGAGAUCUCGGUCCUACGACAGGGACAGAGAGAGGGAGCGUAGCCACAAGAGCAAACACCACAGCAGUAGUGGGCACUCAGGACAUAGCCGUCACCGGCGCUGAGACAAACGCACACAUACACCAACAGACUAGUUCUAGGACUGAUAGUCACUGAAGUAUUUUCAGUAUACUUGAAACAAAAUCAAAUCCAGCAUUUUCUCUGAAUGCUGUUGAGUACAGUUUGCUCAAGUCAUGUUAGCAGACACAUCUGGCAAGUUCUUCAAAAGGUUAAAUAGUUGCGCUGCAACUAAUAUUGGAAGUAAACCAAAUAUUUGCUGCCUGUCAGGUGACAUUGCUAACAUGUCUCGGGGUUGGUGAUCAAGAACUUGCAAAAAUGUCAACAUAUUCAGCGAUGUGCAGCUGUCAAAGCCAAAUGCUGCACUUCUGCCAUGAUUGAGAGAAUAUGCCAAGUUUGAUUUCAUUUUGUGUAUAUAACCAGCCUGAUACCGUCAUACUUGGGUUUCUCACAUGCAUCCUGAAACUGACCAUUUAAACUAUGUAAUUUACAGGAAUGUUGAUUCUCUUAAACUUUUGAUUUGUUGGCCUAAGCCAAAUGACAAAGCAUUUAGUUUUGUUUUUAUGACAUUUUUGUCCCAAUGAAAAACUAUAAUAAAGCCUUGACAUUGGAGGUAUUUAUGGAAACACUGUUGACGUUUCCUGAAUCCUACACACAGCUUCUGCAUGCACAAAUGUCUUGGUGAUAGAACAUUCGUUGCUUUGAUUCUCACCUACACAACAGCACACCUGCAGCUGAUAUUUAGCAGAGGUGGUUGAUCUUGUGUUAUUGUAGAAAGGUGUGCAUCUGAGGAACCCAGGCUGCAGCAGUAACUAUCAACUUGAAGUGGGCUGUUUGUAGGUUUACUUGCCUUUUGUCACCCACCUGGUCAGACAUGACUAGUGGAUGAGGGACGGCACCAAUGCAGUGACAUCAGUCCUAGACCUGUUGUUGUCGUAUCCUCCACAUAUAGGUUUUUCUUUCUUUCCCCCACGAUACCCACACACCCUACUACCAUCCCUCUAGCCUGCCCUUAUGUUCUUGGUUUUACAUGUAAAGUUAUAGACUUUGGGAAAAGAAACUUAUUUACAGUGUAAAGAUGGGUCGAUAUCCGCUGACAAAAUGUGAACGCUUUGAUUUAUAAAAGCGAGCUGCUCAGUGGAAGGAUUGAAUGAAUGAAUAAAUGUAAAAUAAAAACAGUCAUUCAGGAAAGAUCAAUAUGUUUGCACAUUAAGGGACUGGCAGGUGAGUGGUUUUUGUUUCCUUAUUUCUUGUUUUUGGACAGAUGUAUGUUGCUAAAGCUGUGUUUUGUACAGUUUCAAAUAAGCAAACUGGUUAUAUAGUCUUUGUUUUUCCUUUUGUUUUUUGUUUUUUUACAGCAGGGGAAGCAGACUUGAUCUAAAAAAUUUUAGGGUUGUGAAUUUGUUACACUGGUUUUUAGUCUGCACGUGUUCAUGUCCAAUUUUUAUUCAAUAAUAAAUGAGUUAUGCCACUGAA